AUGUUUCAGCAGGCCAAUGGUGGAAACACGAUUGGUGGCUGCAUAUCAGAAGCUUACUGUGCUUAUUUUGAUUGCUGUCAAGGAAAUCUCUGCAAUAAACCAAACCCGUCACCUGUCCUGACCUGUUACCAGUGCUCUAAUCUCAAUGAAUCAAGCUCUUGUGACGUCCAGCAGCUGUCCUCAUGUUCAUCACCAGCAAUGCAGUGUGGAGUUUCAGCAAUCCAAACUAUACAGAAUUCCUUAAAUCAAACUCAGUAUAUCAGAUCGUGUGUCAAUCCAGCCAUCUGCAAUGUUUCCAUGUCCAUCAACACUGGAGAACUGAGUGCCGUUUCACAUACGGAGUGCUGUCAGUCAAAUUUGUGCAACUCCAACAGCACAGAAGUCAUCACACCUUCCCCAAAUACCCUGCAGUGCCAUUCUGCAACAAGCAACGUGGACCAAGUAGUGCAGUGCGCCGGCAUUGAAGACCGCUGCUUCACCCUUGGAAUUAGUGGUCUUGGACUGGUCCAAGGUUGUGCCUCACAAAGUGCCUGUGACAAUGUGCAGAUGAUUGCAGACUACUUUGGAUUCACCACAAUAUCGAAUAUCAGCUGCUGCCAAGGAUCUUUCUGCAACAACGCGACCAACAACAGUGUGCGUUCGGAGAGCUGCAAUGUGAGCGUCUCACUGAACUACGGAUAUGGAAGCACAGCCUGGAUUUCUCAGUGCUGCAGCUCAGACCUGUGUAAUGCUGAAAAUGUUAGCGUUGCCAGCGACCCCAAUGGCUUAGUCUGCUGUGCUGGAUUGAACGGCCUGUGCCAGAGGCUGGUCAUGUGCACUGGCAUUCAGGACCACUGCUUUAUCUCAGAUACCGGAUUAUCUGCAUAUUCAGGUUGUGCGUCACAAAGCGUGUGUGACAAUCCCGUCACAGCAGCUGCCAGCCUGCAGAUCUCUCUGAGCCAACAGACUCACUGCUGCCAAGGAAAUGUCUGCAAUAAACCCAAUGUCACUUUAAGCUGCUAUGUGUGUCAGUCGUCACCUUCGUGGGACGUUUGUGAAAACACGACAACUUCAUGUGAUUCUGAAAAUUCAGCCUGUGGAGUUUUUGUCAAUGUUAACAGCUCUGGCUUGGGAGUGACAAACAGUGAGACCGAGAGGUCCUGUGUUACGCUGGACAGAUGCAACACAACAGAGUCAACUAACUAUGGACUUGCAAGUAGCAUUUGGACAUCCCACUGCUGCGACACCGACCUGUGCAACACAGAAACAGUCGUGUCUAACACAUCUGGUGUCAUAAACGGGCUGCUCUGCUGUGCAACGACGGAUGGGACGUGCCAGAAUGCGGUGCAGUGCACUGGCGUUGAGGACAACUGCUUUACAUCAGAUGACGGACAAAACGUGUACAGGGGAUGCACCUCCCAGAGCGUGUGCAACGACCCGCCGCACUCCCUGACCGCCCGCAGUUGGCCUUUUAUGUCUAACAGCAGGUGCUGCCAAGGAAAUUUGUGCAAUCGACCAGACACUUUGACUUGCAACAACUGUUACGCCACUUCAUGGACAACAUGUGAGAGCCACGCUGAGGUGUGCCCUCAGGGUGACAUGUACUGCGUGUCCUCUGCUUAUUCCUACGUGACGCUUGCUGAAUGGUUUAGCCCCCUGUUGUCUUACUGA